AUGGCUUUGUUGGCUUCAAUCUUGAACUCAGUCGCACAUAACCUAAACGCCGGCGGCUGUCGAUUUUCAACACGCGCCCUGAACGGCCACGGAUGCCAACAUUUAAAGAAGAGUUUCCGGCAGGAUGAACACACCAGCAAGAAAAUAAUGUCUCAGGAAGGUUUGUUUAACUGUCAGCGUCUUCUACGACGGAGGGGACGGGGGUCCCCUGUAUGGCUCCCUCAACUUACGACACGUCAGUGCAUUGCGCAACAAGUCGUCUCUUUACAUACAAGUUCCAUUAUGGCUCAGUGGGGGAUCUAUCAUUCCCAGGAAGAAUGCUUAAAUGUACUUAAGGAGCAGGUUACAUCCUGCCCUCAAAUCCAAGAAGUCCUCAAUGUUUUUCAGAGGGUUUCUGAGAACCAAACUGGCAAUGAUGGUGAGGGAAAGAGACACCCUUUUAUUGUUUUCGAGGGGCUAGAUGGGAGUGGAAAAUCAACUAUGACAAAGCUUAUUGCUAAGCGGCUGGGGGGUGUCAAGAUGUCGACCCCUGGGGAGAACUUUUUACGUCUACGCCCCUUCUUUGACGAACAACCAAACCACAUAAGGCGAGCGUACUAUAGCCUCAGUAACUAUGCUGCAGCUCUGGAAAUUAAAGAAAUUUUGAAGGAACGCCCAGUUAUAUUGGAUAGGUUUUGGCACAGUACAGCUGCAUAUGCAUUUGCUGGAACAGUCAAUGAUAUUUCAGAGUUGCCUGAGCCUAAGGAUCCAGUGUACAUGUGGCCUAAAGAUCUUAAACCAUAUCCAGAUGUAGUUUUUUUCUUGAAGGUCAGUGAGGCUGAACGUUUGAGAAGGUUCAGAGGCCGCAACACUACUAAUACUGCAGAGGAAAUUCGUCUGGCUGGUGAAGCAAACUAUAGACUUGUGCUGCAUGAAGUCUACAAAAGAAUGUGUGAACCAGGAGUUACUGAAGUUGAUGUCAGUCGUCCGAAUGUAAAGGCAGUGGCCAAUCAUAUUUUUGAUCUUAUUCAACAGAGGGCUACAAAUUAAUGCAUUAGUUACAUUUUUGUAUGGUUCUUAUUUGUACUUUUGGUAUGAUGAUUAUUAUUCUUUUCUUCUGUUGGUGCUUGCUUGUCUUAAAUCUGUUUUCAUAUGUUGCGCGUGUAAACUCUUGAAGUAGGUAGAAGUGAAAAUAUGUUUGAAAUCAUUGUUUGAAUUUUAUUUGGAUUUCAUCAAAUUGACUACAGGGUGUGAGCGGUCUUUAUUGUCUUAUUGAUCGCUAAACAUGAUGUCAUAGUAAGUUUUCUGAUCCUACUCGUAAGUUAUGUGGACUUACUGCAGUCACAUUUCAUGGCCGCCCACACAAGUACACAACUACAGCAGUUCAAAUAUAAUGCAAUUCAAUUAAUUAA